AUGCGCUGGCGCCUGGCUGGCCUCGCAGCCUCGCUGCUGAUCCUUGGGCCGUCUCACAUCGAAGCGCGUGACGCGAUACCGCGCACGGCUCCCAGAACACGUCUGCAGGCUUGCCUCGCCAAUGCCGGCAUCGACAUCGUGGCGGCCGACAUCAGCUCGCCUGACCUCUACUUUCAAGCCUCGGCCUCGGACAACGUCGUCUUCCACUACAACCCCACUCUCAUCGCCUAUCCGCAUUCCGCCUCCCAAGUACAGCAAGCCGUCCUCUGCGCUUCCGAAUUCACCGAUGCUCCCAUAGCUGCACGCAGCGGAGGCCAUUCCUUUGCCGGUUACGGCAGCGGCGGCAUGGACGGCUCUGUCAUCAUCGACCUCGCAAACCUCAGCAACGUCACCUCUCAUCCGGACAAGGCGCUCGUCGAAGUAGGCCCGGGCGCACGUCUCGGCGACGUCGUAAAGGGCCUCUGGUCCCAGCAUGACGCGCACCGCGCCAUGUCGACAGGAACGUGCGCCGCCGUCGGCGUCGGAGGUCUCAGCCUAUGCGGCGGCUUCGGACCCAUGUCGCGCAAGUGGGGUCUCACCACCGACAACAUCCUCGAGGCAGAUCUCGUGCUCGCAAACGGCUCCCUUGUCACCGCCUCGGAACACCAGAACACAGACAUCCUCUGGGCUCUCCGAGGCAGCGGCUCCUUCUUCGGCAUCGUCACUCGCUUCGUCUUCCGCUCCUACGAUGCAUCCCCUCCCGUCGUCUCGUUCGAAUUCAGAUGGACUCCUUCGCUCGAUUCCGUCGACCAGGCGCUCUCGGUCAUGACGGCCGUUCAGGCUCUAGCUCUCGAGCCCAACCUCUCCAACGACCUCGGCCUGCACGUACAGCUUCGCAAGCCCUCCAGGAGCGAUCCACAGCCCUCGCACCAACGUCCGAUCACCAUCGAAGUUAAAGGCAUCCACCUCGGUCCCGCACAUCAAUGGUCUGCGUUGGAGACCAGGCUACGCCAGCUGCUCGCAUCUCAUUCGGCUCCCAAGCCUGACCUCCAAAAGGUCAAGUUGCUCACCUAUCUCGAACUCAUGCAGGACUGGGACGAUUUUGGCAAGGGCGAGCACAAGCUCGACACCGAAGCCAUCCACAAGCAGCACAACAACUUUGUCACCAAGUCGGCCGUGACGCUCGAACGCGAUCGAGGCUUUGAUCCAGCCGCUCUUCGGCCGCUCUUCCAACACAUCUGGGACACCAGCCUCACCGCAGGGCAAGAAGCUCAACUCGCCGACGGCAAGACCACCUUCUGGGCGUGGAACAUCUACUUUGAGCUCUUUGGCGGCGGUCGCCCUGCCCAUGCCCAACCCAGGGCAAAAGAGCUGAGCAGCUUCCCGCAUCGCGACGGUCUCUGGCUCAUCCAGAUCGCCGUCGGAACCGCCAGCUUCCUGGAGCUUGCGCAUUCGGGUCACGAGUACGCCCGACAGCUCGCCACGCGCGUCUAUCGCGCCAUCGACGAUUCGCGCAUCGGCAGAGGAGGCUACUCGUGCUACGUCGAUGCCGAACUCGACGAGAAUGAAUGGAGGCACCUCUACUACGGCUCGUCCAUUCAGCGUCUCGAGAACAUCAAGAUGCAGCUAGACCCUUACAAUCUCUUCCGCAAUCCCCAGUCUCUCGGCAGCCAAGCAGAGAUACAGGCACGCCGUCGAGCGUCUUGGCUCCGCGACGCACCCGAUGUCCAGAAUCGUGCGCCAGGGCCUCGGCGUCUAUAA